AUGAUGGCAACACCCUUCCAAACUGAGGCAUGGACGGAAUAUGGCCUUGGGGUUAUUGUACUCCUCCUUCGAAUCUUUGCACGAUGGAGAGUCGUUGGAUUUAACUGGCAAGGGGACGACUACUUUGCAGUCUUGUGCUUGAGCUUCUGGACAUUGGAGUUAUGCAUGUUGGAGCUUAUAGGCCAAAACGGGACCAAUAUCGGAAUCACGAACGAAAUAGGCGCCACCCUGACACCUGAAGAAAUCUCUAGAUUCGAAUUCGGCUCGAAGUGCCUGCUGGCAGGUUGGAAUUUCUAUGUUACACUUAUCUGGUGCCUCAAGGCGUGCAUACUUUUCUUUUUCAGUCGCAUCACUCUAGCUACACGGCAACAGAAAAUUGUUAAAUGGACAGCCAUUGCUACUGUUAUCGCCUACUGUGGCGUCAUUAUUGUAGUUUGGGGUCACUGCACUCCGGUUCACAGAAAUUGGCAAGUUGUGCCAUACCCUGGAGAUGAAUGCACAUUGGCAGUGCCCAACUAUUUGAGUUUGGUAGUUUUAAACGUAACAACGGACAUGUGCAUAGUCUCGAUUCCAUUACCUUUAUUGUGGACUGUCAAGCUAAGCUUGAAGCGUAAACUGGCCAUCGGUGUACUGCUUUGCUCCGGUGUCUUCAUAAUGAUUGCCGCCUUACUGCGUUGCGUACUUUCACUGAGAGACAUUGAUGGUAUCAACGUCAGUACUAUUUGGGCGAUUCGAGAGACGGUAAGAUGCUUCAAGUUUGUGGGCAUCAUAGCAGUCAAUGCAGCCUGUAUAAGACCGCUGUUUUCCUCGGCACACUGGCUAAGCUCGAGCAAGGGCAGCAGUAGCGGAGGGAUGAAGUACGUUGGCUCAAGUGACAAAUACGGCCAUCAGCUCGUCACAAUUGGAGGAGGAGGCCAGAGCACUGACCGCUCUUUGCCAGCCAAGAGAAGGCACAACAAGUAUAACAUGACGGAGUUAGAUAACAACUCGAGCGAGGAACAUAUUGUAAAGUCAUCAGAGUCUGCUAACUGGCCUGAGAGUGGUGGCGGCCAGGGCGGGAGCUUGACGAGCAAGUCUAGCGGUCAGCAUAGUGGCAUCAUGGUCACAACAACAUACGAGGUCAACCCUGGGAACCAGCGCUGA